AUGGCCGCUGCAAGCUCUGCGAUUGCCACGUCAGCCGCCGCAUCAACCGCUACCGGGUUUCAAUCACCUAAAUACUCCGCCUAUGGCCACGUGCCACGUGUCAGCCAUCCUCUUUCUCGCGCACGUACGUCCGGGCCAGUCCUCGCAGCCGCGGCUCGUCCUUCCCGCCCAUUGUCCCUCGGCUCCGGAUUUUCAGGAGCUAGAAUCAGGAUUGCUGAACAAGGAUCGUUAACCAACAGCUCUGUGCCACGUGUUGGGAGGCCUUCUCAACGUCGUGGUCUGCUGGUUUCGGCCACGUGGCUUGAAAACAAGGCCGUGGUGGAUGCGCCAUCUGUCCCGCUCCCAUUGGCCUUCGACUUGUGGUUGGACCGAGAGCUCAUCCCUUCCUGGAUGCCCUGGAUUGCUUCAGUGAAAGUGCGUGACGACAAACCUGAGCUCUCCACGUGGACCCUCCGUUACACCGCGUUUGGGCAGAACCUCGAGUUCUCCUGGCUCGCUAAGAACCUGCAGCCCAUACACCAUCAGAAGAUCCACUGGCGAUCCCUAGACGGUCUCCCCAAUAGAGGGGCCGUCCGUUUCUUCCCCAGUGGACCUAACGGCUGCAAGCUGGAGAUGACUAUCUCGUAUGAGGUGCCUGGGAUUCUCGUCCCUGUUGCAAACAGCCUAGCGCCAUUGGUGCAGAGCAUCAUUCAGGCCGACCUAGAGCGGUUUGUGGAAUUCGCCAAAAAGAGAGUACAGAAGCAGAAGGCUUAA